AUGUUGAAUAUAAAGGUUUUCCUACUACUAAGCUACUUGUACGGCCUUAUCCUAUCCAAAACUCAUACUUUUGAUUGGGAAAUAGGAUACGUCAAAGCAAAUCCUGAUGGAUUGCACGAGCGUAAUAUGAUUGGUAUCAACAACCAGUGGCCUAAUCCUACAAUCAGAGUGAAGCAACACGAUAGGGUAGUACUUAACCUUUACAAUGGACUACCUGAUAGAAAUGCAUCGUUACAUUUCCAUGGAUUGAUGCAAAGGGGCUUUAAUGGUGAAGAUGGACCUGAAAUGGUUACUCAGUGUCCGAUUGGUCCCGGGUCUAAAAUCACUUACGAUUUUAACGUUGGUGAACAAACUGGAACUUAUUGGUACCAUUCACAUAGUGGGACGCAAUAUGGUGAUGGAUUGAGAGGAAUGAUUGUCAUUGAAUAUGCCGACAAAAAUGAUGAGCCAUAUUCGUAUGACGAAGAUGUGACACUUAGUGUCAAUGAUCAUUAUCAUUUGGAGUCGCCUGAGAUUAUCAAACAAUUUUUGUCGAGGUUUAACCCCACUGGUGCCGAACCAAUACCACAAAAUAGUUUAUUCAAUGAAACAAAGAAUGUUACGUGGAAUGUCAAGCCAGAUACGACGUACCUAUUGAGGAUUGUCAACAUGGGAUUGUUUGUAUCGCAAUAUUUAUACAUUGAAGGUCACAGAUUCAUCAUUGUUGAAAUUGAUGGGGUGGCUGUUGAACCCUAUGAGGUGGAUUCCAUUUAUAUAACUGUCGGACAACGAUACGUGGCACUUGUAAAGACCAAAUCGCAACUUGAUCAAAACUAUCGAUUUAUAAAUGCCUUGGAUGCAGAAAUGUUGGACUUUGUGCCUGAAGAGUUGCAAUUGGUAUCCACAAAUUAUUUAGUGUAUAAUGGCAAUGCACCAAGACCAAUGCAUUAUCCAUACUACGACAUUGAGAAAUUUAUUGGUCCACUUGAAGGUUUCAAUGAUUUUGACUUGAAGCCAUUAAGUGGUGAGAAAUUAUUACCUGAGCCUGAUGUCACCAUUCAGGUAAACUUCUCCAUGGAAGUUUUGGGGGAUGGAGUCACUUAUGCGUUAUUUAAUGACAAGAGCUAUGUCCCUCCAAAAGUGCCCAUCUUGUAUACUGUCUUAUCGAGUGGUGAUUUGGCCACUAAUCACAAAAUCUACGGAUCAAAUACUAAUACAUUUGUGUUACACGGCAACGAAACGGUUGAGUUGAUUUUAAAUAAUCAUGAUCCGGGAAAACAUGCGUUCCAUUUACAUGGCCACAAUUUCCAAGUCAUUUCACGCAGUCCUGGAACUGAUGAUGAAGAUCACCCUGUUGAGUUUGAUCCGAAUAAUGAUACAAUGACGGAUUAUCCACAAUAUCCCAUGAUUCGUGACACAGUUGAAGUCAACCCUAACGGAUACUUUGUGUUGCGUUUCAAGGCGGAUAAUCCAGGUGUUUGGUUCUUCCAUUGUCACGUUGAUUGGCAUUUAGAGCAAGGUUUAGCAUUGGUAUUGGUUGAAGCGCCGGAGGAGAUCCAAGCCCAUCAAAAGCACAUUAGCGCCAAUCAUGCACAAGUUUGUCACAAUGUUAGUGUACCUGUCCAGGGUAAUGCUGCUGCGAAUAUGGAUUUCUUGGAUUUGACGGGUCAAAAUUUGCAACAACCUCCAUUACCGGAAGGAUUCACUGCCAAGGGGUACAUUGCCAUGGCUUUGUGUACCUUGGUUGCCGUGUAUGGAAUUUGGUCGAUUUACAAGUAUGGAAUAGAAGAUGUGAAUAAGGAUAAUUCUGCCGAAGUCAUUGAACGUUUGUAUGCAAUACUUGAUGAACAUGAUGGUGGAAGAUGA